CAAGUCUCUAGAUAAACAAACCACUGCACAGCAUAAACAGAACAAAGUUGCAGCCUGAUGAAUUGCAGCACACUAACAAAAAUAGCACAAACAACACUGCCUCUCUUCAACUCAAUCAUUCACUCUUCUCGAGGAGUGAAAAAGUUUGGAUUUUUGAACUUGUGGGCAGGAAGCAGGAGGGGAUUUAGUGCAGUUACUGUGAAGAAAAUGGCUUGGAAUUUGGAGAAAUGUGAUGGGAAUGUGGAGACUAAGAUGGUUUCUGUGUGUCCUGCUACAGAAGAUUAUGCUCAAGACGCAAUUGAAGCUAUCAAGGCUAGGAAAGUCAUAGCUGUUCCUACUGACACACUAUAUGGCUUUGCUUGUGAUGCUUGUUCUGCUGAGGCAGUGAAUCGGAUUUAUGAGAUCAAAGGACGUAAGCAUACAAGUCCUCUAGCUAUUUGUGUUGGCGAUGUUCAUGACAUACAACGUUAUGCUGCGACAGAUCAUCUGCCUCAUGGCUUGCUUGAGUGCCUGCUUCCUGGACCUGUAACUGUGGUCUUAAGGCGAGGUGAGUCGAGUAUCCUUGAGAAGUCAUUAAACCCUGGAUUAGAGAGCAUAGGGGUUCGAGUGCCAGACUGUAACUUCAUCAGGGUAAUCGCCCGUGGUUCUAGAAGUGCCCUUGCACUUACUAGCGCUAACCUCAGUGGACAACCCAGUAGCAUAGACAUCAAAGAUUUUGAGAACCUUUGGGAGCACUGUGCAUACGUCUAUGAUGGUGGAAUUCUUCCAGCUGGACGAGCUGGAUCGACAGUGGUGGAUCUUGCUAAGCUGGGGAAGUACAAGAUUCUUAGACCUGGGAGUGCCAAGGAAGAGACUGUUGCUAUCCUUGAAAAACACUCGCUACUAGAAGAUGGAACUGGAUAUUAGCAAGCUGCUGCUCAAGUUGAAUCUGUACGCCAAAAAUGAGCCUUGUGCCUGAGUUUGUAAAGUUUGACUC